AGUCUCAGUUCUGCCCCAGGCACGGAGAGACUGGGAAGAGGAAGAAAUGGCGACUCUGAUCCCCGCGGCGGCCUCUUCUCCCGCCGGGGCCUCUUCCCGUAGCAAGAAACGCCCGGCGAGCCCGGGCACCGGCAGCGGCCCCACCAAGAAAAAAAAAGCCGCGGUGCCGAGCGGCUCGCAGAGUGCAGGUGGAGAGGCCAUGAGCGAAAACAAAUUUCUGAACACAGACUCCAGCACAGGAUCAGUGGAAACAACUGUCAAGCUGUUACCAUUUAAAGAUCCAAAUUUCGUGCAUUCCAGCAUUGGUGGAGCAGCAGCUGGCAAGAAGAACAGGACUUGGAAGAACCUAAAACAAAUUCUUGCUUCGGAAAGGGCAUUGCCAUGGCAACUAAAUGAUCCUAGCUAUUUUAAUAUUGAUGCUCCUCCGUCCUUUAAGCCUGCCAAGAAAUACUCAGAUAUUUCAGGACUUCCAGCAAAUUACACAGAUCCCCAGAGCAAGCUCAGAUUUAGUACUAUAGAAGAAUUUGCAUAUAUUCGGAUGCUCCCUUCAGAUGUGGUGACAGGAUACCUAGCUCUAAGGAAGGCAACAAGUAUUGUUUCCUGAAAAGACCAAAUGUUGUAUAUUGCUUGUGAAGAGCGCUAAUUUUGAGAGUUGUGAUGGAAACUGACUGCAGGACUGAGGUUCAUUAAAACUAUGUAUGGACUUUUUACAUCUGGAAGGAGUUGAUGAUACAUGGAUUUAAAGAACAUCUGAAUUUCAUUUUGAUAAUCUGUUAGUUUGCCAGAUUGUAAGCAAUUUGUUUUGGUGAACAGAAUGGCUCAGGCCUUAAGGAUAUGCAUCUGCACCAUAAUGCCCAAGUUAGAUUCAUUUUUGUAGAGGGAGGAUUUCAUCUACACCCUGUAUAUUUUAUGUACUGCUCUGGCUCAGAAUAAACAGUCAUUUGAAUUAAGGAAAAGGUACCAAGAUAUCCCAAAUCCUAAACGUGCCUUGCUAGAUGAGCUGUCCACUUGCUUAAAAGGAGGUUUAUCCCCAUGUGUAAAAUGAAACUGAAAUACCCAGUAAGUGCUCCUGUUGUGAUGACUGUUUACAGUACUGAGAUCUGUGGAAAUUAACAGCUUCACACAAAUAUUUGCAUUGAAGAAAUAUCAGC